UAAGGCGGCUUUAAGUGGAGGGUGGAUUUUUUUUUCCCUCCAUUUGCCUCUGUAUUCUACUCUGAAAGUAUGUUGUGGUUACUCUUUUUACUUGUAACUGAUAUUCAUGCUCAACUCUGUUAUCCAGAUGCAGAAAAUGCUUUUAAAGUGAGACUUAGUAUCAGAACAGCUCUGGGAAAAGAUGCAUAUACUUGGGAUGAAAAUGAAGAAUAUCUCUUCAAAGCGAUGGUGGCUUUUUCCAUGAGAAAACUUCCCAAGAGAGCAACAACAGAUAUUUCCCAGGUCCUUUUGUGCAAUGUAACCCAGCGGGUGUCAUUCUGGUUUGUGGUUAAAGACCCUAUGGAAAAUCACACUCUUCCUGCUGUUGAAGUACAGAAAGCCAUAAGCCUGAAUAGGAACCGGAUCAACAAUGCCUUCCUUUUGAAUGACCAGACUCUGGAAUUUUUAAAAAUUCCUUCCACUCUUGCACCACCUGUUGAGCCAUCUGUGCCUGUCUGGAUUAUUGUAUUUGGUGUGGUAUUUUGCAUCGUUACAAUUGCCAUUGUGCUAUUGGUUAUAUUAGGAAUCCAGCAACGCAGAAGGAAGAAUAGAGAGUCAUCUGAAGAGGAUGACACCGAAGAUAAGUGUGAAAACACAGCCACAAUUGAAAAUGGCAUCUCUUGCGACCCCCUGGAUAUGAAGGGAGGGAACAUUAAUGAUGCUUUCGUGACAGAGGAUGAGCGGCUCACCCCUCUCUGAAGAGCUGCUGGUUUUCCUUUUCCAAGAAACUCAACACUUGUUUCUGUGUAACUGCUAAGUAUCACAAAUUAUCUUGGGAAGAUUAUGUAGGUUGUUUCACCAUUCUUCUUUUGUAAGAAAAUUUUAAUGCAUACAAGUGAAAGGAAAUCAAUCAUACUUAUGAAAACCAGUGGAAUCAUAGGUUGUUGGCUAAGAAUAUUCUAAAAUAUUGUUGAAAACACAGACUAUUAAGUGUAGUCAUAUAUUACUUGUAAUUAUUGAUUUUGAAAUGUCCUAGUAUUUAGGCAUUUCUAUAACUAAGGUCAAGUCACUGAAAAUUUAAUAUAUAUACACAUACACACAUAUACACAUAUAUUUAAGAACUUAAGGAAAAUAUUUUUCCUGUGGAUAAUACCCAUAAAUGAAAGUGGAUUCUUUCUGAAUAUUGUUUGUAUCACGCUGUAUCUGACUAAGUAAGCAAGAAUAAAAAUCAAGUUUUGUAAAUGGAAUGGAUAAAACGGGGAGUGUUGAUACACAAGGUGAAAUUUGAUCUGGUUUUCUGCCAACAAUUGCUUAUGUAUUUUCACACUAUCAGUUUCUAAUAGAACAGCUUUAUUCUUGGACUGUAUCUGUGAUUUGUAAAAGUUAAAUCUGUAUUAAUAAAGUGAUAAUCAUCUC